CAUCCUCUCGAAAAAUUAAAAAAAAUAUAUAUUUUAAAUUUAAUUUAACCUUUAAAAUAAAACCCAAACCCAAUUCAAUAAAAAUUAAAUUUUACUCAACCCAACCCAAGUACCCGAUCCAACCCAUCACCCUCCUUCCAACCCUAUUCCUAACCUUAUUAUUUUCCUUUCUCCUCACUCACACAGUAGUGCAGUCACAGCCCUCACUUUAGCCCCUCACUCACUCUUGAUCUCGGUCGGACAAUCAAACUCUCACCUCACCUUCAACCUUCCCCUCUCGUUCUUGCUUCUACAAUUUCUCCUCACUCACUCUCAUGGUCUCACCUUCAAUUUUUCCUUUUUGUUGAUUUAAUUAUUUAUGUUAAAUUAAUUUUUAUUUAUGUUUGAUGCAAAAAAUAUAUACUUUGGUAUUAAUUGACGGGAAUCCUCGUUCCCCGCGAGGAAUGGGGAUGGGGGGCAAAAUUUACCCCCCGUCAAAAAUCCCUGCGGGGAUCCCCGUCCCUACCAUUCGCGGGGACAGGGAUGGGGAGGAACUCCCCGGCCCCGCGGGAUCCCGUUGGGAUCCCGUUGACAUCCCUACCAGGAAGAGUGAUAAAGCAGGUGAAUUAGGGGUUAAACAGCUGAAGGCAUGGAACAAUAAACAAUCGUGGCAGCUGUGCACACUAUCUAAUGUAUUGUGGCAGGCCUGGUGUGAUAGUAAAUUGGAAGGGGCUAGUUUUUGGUCAGUAAAGAUAUCUGUGGACUGUGCUUGGGCUUGGAGGAAAGCUUCUACAACUCAGACCUUUGGUGCAGAAUCUAAUCCAGAUGGAGAUUGGAGGUUGGAGGCAGGUUUUGCUGUUCUAUCCUAUGAUUGCUAGCUCCAUGGCAGUAGGUUGGCUAAUAGAAUAGAUAUGAGAAACUGCCAGUGAGGCCCUGGUAUCAAAAUGGCUGAUGGCGAAGGAAUGGCACUGGAUUAUACCUGCAAGCUGUCUGGAAGGGAAAUCAGUGUCGCAUUUACUCAACUGCUGCAUGAUAUGAGUUAUGGAGAAACCAGAGGGAAAAAGUCAAGGGGGAAUCGAUUUAUACAUGGCAAUCAUUGUUGCUGCCCAGACAAAAGGCUUUAUGAUGUGGCUGUGGCUGUUAAUGCAUGGAAGGCUGAAGACUAAACAAUUCCUCAACCGUUGCAGGCUUUCUGUUGAAACUUACCUGCCAAAUGUGUGCUGACGCAGAUGAGACAUGCUUGCACUUGUUUUUCAGGUGUCGGUAUACUAAGGACGUUUUGAACAGAGUGAUGGGUGGCCGAGACAACUGGAUGCUCAGUGGAAAGAGAUUAUGAAGUGGUGCAGUGCAAGGGAAGGUCC